UCGUAAUAGAAGAGAAGAGAGUAGAGAGAUGGCAGGGCCUGGUAGAGCAGAGACACAGAUAGAGAGCAAGGAGAACCUGGAGUUGAUGCUGAUGAAGGAGAUGAGAAGCCAUGAAGUUGCCUUAGCAGAACUCAACGCUCUUUCUUCUACUCGGUCUGUGUAUCACAGGAAUGGCAACCUCUAUUUUCGCACAACCAUCCAAAAGGCAACGGCUUCUGAGCAAAAGCUAGUGGAUGAGGCCAAAUCGCGACUUCACAACCUCAACUCUCCUUGAUAUUCAUAUGUUGUUCUUGUAGUUUCAUCCUUGGCUGUCUUUGUUCACAACAAGUAAAGUUCAAAGUAAACAACUUUAUUUCAAA